AUGGUUUCUCCCGAGUUCAACCUGUCCUCUGCCAAGGCUAUCGAAUACGAGCACGAAUACGCCGCUCACAACUACCACCCGCUCCCUGUGGUGUUCUCGCGGGCCCAGGGCGCCAAGGUCUGGGACCCCGAAGGAAACGAGUACCUCGACUUCCUGUCGGCCUACUCUGCCGUCAACCAGGGCCACUGCCACCCUCGGAUCAUCAACGCCCUUGUGGAGCAGGCCCACAAGCUGACUCUUUCGUCCAGAGCGUUUUCCUCGGACGUUUUCGGCUCGUAUGCAAAAUAUGUCACUGAAUUUUUCGGCUACGAGUGUGUUCUGCCUAUGAACACCGGUGCCGAGGCCGUCGAGACGGCCUUAAAGCUGGCCAGAAGAUGGGGCUACAAGAAGAAGGGCAUUGCUCCAAACGAGGCCAUCGUGUUGUCCUGUGCGGACAAUUUCCACGGCAGAUCGCUGGCCAUCGUCAGCAUGUCCACCGAUCCAGAGGCCAGAGACCACUUUGGCCCGUACCUCGAAAAAGUGGGCCCUGUGAUCCCAGGAACCGACAACCAGAUCCUGCGCUACGGCAACAUCGAGGACGUCGAGCUGGCGUUCGCCAACGCGGGCGACAAAAUCGCCGCCAUUCUGAUCGAGCCGAUUCAAGGAGAGGCCGGUAUCGUGGUGCCACCAAAAGACUACUUUGCUCGUGUCAAGGAGCUGUGCAAAAAAUACAACGUUCUGCUUAUUGCCGACGAGAUCCAGACCGGUAUUGCUAGAACCGGAAAACUGCUCUGUUGGGAGCACUAUCUACCAAGAGAAAAUAAACCAGACAUGGUGCUCCUCGGAAAGGCCAUCUCGGGAGGUGUUCUGCCUGUGUCUGCCGUGCUGUCUUCCAAGGAGAUCAUGCACACUCUGGAGCCGGGCUCCCACGGAUCCACGUACGGCGGAAACCCUCUGGCCUCGCGCGUGGCCAUUGAGGCCCUGGAGGUGGUGAAGGACGAGAAGCUUGUGGAAAGAUCUGCCGAGCUCGGCGAGUUUUUCCAGGGAGAACUCGAGAAGCUCAAGCAGGAGUCCAAGGGCGUCAUCAAGGAGGUCAGAGGCAAAGGCCUUCUGUGCGCCAUUGUUGUGGACGACUCCAAGACCAACGGCAAGACAGCCUGGGACCUGUGUCUGAAGAUGAAGGACCACGGCGUCCUGGCCAAGCCAACCCACGAGCACAUUAUCAGACUUGCUCCGCCAUUGGUCAUCUCGAAAGAAGACCUCGUGAAGGGAGUCGACAGCAUCAGACAGGCAUUGAAGGAAAUUGUUAAUUGA